AAAGUUACAAUUAAAGAAAAUUCAAGAAUUAAAGAUCAAGCAUCAAUAUCAGAGAGCUGAAAUCAUUACAAUCAUCACAAUCACUACAGAAACUAGUAAUAAUAGUGAUGUUGAAUUUGAUGAUGAGUUCAGCAACAAUAAGAGCAGUAAUGUAAUUAUUGAUGUUGUAGAAGCAAGCAAC